AUGGCAAAAGCCAAAGUUAGCUAUGCUGAUCUUUUAGAUCAAGCAGGAGUACUUGAUCAAUUAUCAGAAGCUAUUGUCACAUUAUAUUCUUCUCCGAAGCCACCGCCAGAAAUAUACUCGUUCUUUUUGUCAAUAUUAAAUGCACCGGACAAAAAUGAAGUCGAAAAACUUUUAUUUUCAAACCAAGAGCUCAGAAGAAAGAUCAAAACGCUCAAAGCUCAAAUUGCUGAAUACGAAUCUCGUCUUAAGAAAUAA